CCAGGAAGUAUUUCAAAUGCUCCCCCCCCCCCUCUCCGGCCUUUCUCCAGCCGCCCCCCUUCUCCACUAUCUUUCUACGUUUCGUACCAACCAGUGACGUCACCGAGUCCUCACCGAAACAAAUCCAAAUAAAAACAACAACAACAAGUGAUCACGGCCGUGGACCAUGGGAUAUGUUGUUGUUGUAUUUCCGUUGGAAUGUCGUCAUUGUUUGUUGUUGUUGGAUGCACGUGUCAACGCCGUGUUACGUAAUCCAUUCUUGAAGGAGAACUGAUAAGUGAUACUAGUGAUACUAGUGAUACCUCGGAUGAUAAGUGAUAACCUCGUUUUCUUCUUAACGCUGAGAUUCUUUACUUAAAAAAAAAAUAAAGAGUGAAUGCUCCCUGCAUUUCGAUUGCUGAUCUGAUCCUAAAGAAUGUUGCACACUACGUCCGGCACCAGUUGUGGGAUGAAAUACAGCGUAGUUGAUGUCUCAAACUUUGAACGGGCUCCACUCUUGAUUUGUCCUCGAGGUUGACUCCUGAGACCUCCAGGCAGCAGAGGAUAGUUUCACAACAGGAAAUAGAAGCUAAACUCUUCAUAGUCAAAGACGCAUUAAAUAGACCAGGAAGUAGGUGAGGAGACCAGAUGACGAAAUGUACGUAGAAAACAAUCCCUAGCUUUAGACAACGCUAGAUCACUAUGGAGGUCGUCCUUGAAACCAAGGUCACUGAAACGAUGGGAGGCCUGUCCCUAAUAUCGUCUGCUCGGGCCUUUCAAAGCCAGCAUUCGACCAUCUGUACCCAUACGACCAAAGCGGAGUAAGUCGGAUUCAGGGUGCGAUAAUGGUUGGCCAAGUGAGAGCUUUGAACUCCUCUGUCCUGUUGGUCAUCUCCAUGGUCAGUGUGGAUGAGAACGGUCACGUGGCCUGUACUACCAACUACAACUUCACUCCGACAACUCCGGCCAAUGUUUCUAGCGUCCAGUACGAAAUGAAACGAUCAAGAUACCUUGUGUUUAGGACGGCUCAGAUAACUCUGUGUUUACUCGGUCUCAUGGGAAAUGGUGGAGUUAUCCUCGCUUGGUCAGCCAGCAGACGGAGGACGCCGAUCGUGGCUUUGAUGACUUCCUUGGCCGUGUGGGACUUGGGCCUGCUGACCAGUUUCACGUACUACUGCCUUCGGAACUUCAAGUGGUGGUAUCUGAGAGAGAACCUGAGCCUCUACCCGUGGAGCGGCUCCCUCUAUCAGAUGGGCUACGACGCGCCCAUGUACCUCGCCAUCUUGGCCUUCCACAGUUUUGUCUGCACCUCUGUAUUCACGGUGCUAGCUAUUUCUAUUGUCCGAUACAUCGCGGUGGUCAGACCGCUGGUGGUCAGGCGAAUAUGCUCCAAGAGGAGGAUAAAGACAUUGAUUCUCACCAUCAUGACCUGCGCUAUUCUGGUCUCAUUCGUCUUCUGCCUUAAGUUCCUGUGCCUGUCCUUGACCUCUAUCGUCUGUUCCACCUUCUGCGUUUAUGUCAAACAGAACGAGAGAGGCUUCUCCUACCCGGGCUUCAUCACUAUCGGGAUGCUGCCGUGGGUGGGGACCAUCCCGCUCAGCGCCCUGCUCGUGGUGCAGGUCACGCGCAUCCCUCGCACGAGGACCAUCCGCCGGGGUUCCUGCCCGGCCUCCAUGGAGUACGGCACGCGCCGGGUCACCCUCUACGUCAUCGUCAUGGUCAUCCUAUCUACCAUCACCUACCCGGUUUCCAUGAACAUCUUCCUGGCCAUGCAGGAGUCUCCGGACUGGCCGCAGUCCACCAAAGAGGCCCUCUACCUGGCUAGUGACUUCCUGUUCAUAAUCAACAGCAUUGCGCACAUCUUCCUCUUUUACGCCGGGGGCACCUACUUCCGGAGCCUGAUGUACGCUAGGAUGACCUACAUCUGCGCCUGCUUCUGCCAGUGCUCAGACAUUCUCCGGCACGACGAGGUCCGGCCGGAAGAUGACAUCAUCGUGGUGGAUGACGUCAGGAAUAACGUCAGCUCCACGCGCGACGCGUUAAACAGUGAGCGCCUCUUAUCCGGCAACGGAUUGGAAAUAACAAGUGUUUAAUUGAUUUCUAAUUUAGGAUUUGUUUGUAUUUUGUUCUUAAACUGAAACCUUGGUAACUGUUUGACCAAGAAACGGAUACUUCAGGAUAUUCUUAUAAUAUUUAUCAAUGCAUCUUUCGCAUGAAAAGGAUAUUCCACAAAGUGUUAUGGAUAAAGUUAAGAAUUCUCCAUUCCAUAUCCAAAUGGCAAGUUACGGUGUUAUUUUGGUAACAAACACUGUAAAUUUAUACCACGACUAUUUCUGACUAUGGUAUGAUCCAAGUUGAUCUGUGUUUGGAUUUAAAGUUAUUCAUCUCUGCUGCAGUCAAAGACUAGGCCAAGGUUUCAUUUCCAUGAUCGGGCCCACCAUCGCCGCCGAAACCUCAAAUAUGAACUUGAGGGAAAUUGUUUUGGAUCCGCCUCUGAAAUGUCCAAAACUCGCAUUUGUUGUGAUCCGAUGAUUCAAGCUCUGUUGUGAUAAAAUUUAAAAUAUCAGAAUACAUAAUUGAGAUGAAACGAAAGAAGUGCACAUUAUGUAGAUUUUCUUGUAAGUUAUGUUAUGCUAGUCCAAAAUAUUUUACAAUUUCAACAGACUCAACAUUUACAACUCCAGCAUUUGAAAUUGUGUAGUAAAAUCUGUCUGAACAGACUUACGUUGUUAGACUAAUAAACUAAACUUUGAUAACUUCAUAUCUUUGCUGAUGACGGCUCGUUAUAGCUGAAUGACGCGUAGAUUCACCAACAAAAUAGCAUCGACGAUCAAAGACAUGUUAUCAAAUACUGUGUUUCAUAUUAGCCAAUGGGGUUGUUCCUUAUUUUUCCCAUGUCAUGUGGUAGUGUUGUUUACAUUGUAUGGCUUCAUUGAUUUCAUCGUUAUUUAAAUGUUAAAAUUUUAUAAAUCUGUAAUUUAAAAAAAAUGUUACAAUGAUUCACUAAUUGAUAUGAUUGUUUAUGGAGAUGUACUAGAUCUAGGCCUGGAUCGAGAUCUUCAUCUAAUCAUAGGAAGACAGCCAUUGUUGUCUUUGUAAGACCAUAACCUCAUGACUUAGCUUAAAGUAGGUCAAAGAUACGAAUCAAUCCAUUGGAGUUCUCACUAGAGGUCUACUUCCCACGGGCUCCAUGGGUCUUUUUUAAUGGAUCAAGGGAGGGGGGUUGAUUAAAUCUUGAGGGUUUCAGUGUUGUAAGAUUCUGGACAUUGCACCACCUGACCUGUUACACAAUGAUCAGUACUUGGAGAUUAGUUUGAGUUUGUCUCCAUAAUUAAAGAGUCCAAGAGAGUAUAAUGUAUAGGCCUAUAUCCUAAUGACCUAAUACCUUUCAACAAGUGUUACAUAUACUUUUAAAAAACUUGAUGGACCAAGGAACGUGAAUCUCCAGGGAGAGUUUUUGAACCCGGUGCUUUACCCAUUAUGUCAACGCUCUAGCACACACCCAAAGCGCCCUCCAUUUAAUAAGGUAGCUUACUCUUUAAAGCUUUUGUUGAGACAAACUGUAAAUAAUUAAUUAAUUUUGUCUGGAAAUAUUUUUCACUCGCAAUUUUUUAUCUAAAUAUUAAAAGUCUAAUUUCUUUUGGUGAAUAAAAAAAGAAUUACACGAAUCUAGUAGCACUGUAGCUAUAUAGGCUUAGAAAUAAACAAAAUAAUCAUUUAAAUGUUGACCAUAUAGAAAAACUAACAUCUCUUAUAUAAGUAGCAUAUAAAAAUAAAAAGAUAGAUACCACACAGACCACAGAUAUAUUGUAACUCACAGGUUGUACUCUAAUGUUGAGUCUUAAAGUUAGUGUGAUCUCUGUAAUCCAUGUACAGUGCCAUGGACAUACAAUUAAA